AUGCUGCCUCCGGUCCCGCGUCCUGAAGACUAUGGGGUCUCUCCAGAUAGAGGGUUUCUUCCCUCCGAACUGCCCCUUCAAUGUUUGCCACAUCCCGUCUACGACCGCUGGGAGCGAAUUAUGAACAAUUUUCAGUCUCUGUUAUUGUCCAAGCGAUUGCGAACCAUCAUCGACAAACUCCCUAUCAUCCCCGCCGUUCACCUCGAGACAGAAGCCGAGUGGCGAAGAGCUUACACCGUUCUGAUCUUUCUCGCCCAUGGCUAUAUCUGGGGCGGGGACAAACCUUCAGAGAGAUUACCACCUUCAAUUACUUAUCCUCUCCUACAAGUUUCUGAACACCUCGAACUUCCCCCAGUUGCCACGUAUGCAGGGCUGUGUUUAUGGAACUUCAAGCCCAUCUUUCUAUCCGACCCUCUCGUUCUCGAAAACCUAUCCACUUUGCUAACCUUCACCGGUUCGCUGGACGAACAAUGGUUUUAUUUGAUUAGCGUUGCUAUGGAAGCAAAAGGAGGCCCUUGUAUACCUUUAAUGCUCAAAGCAAUUCAAGCUGCACGAGACGAUGACGCCGAGACAGUCACCCGAUGCCUGCAAUCCUUCGCCCAAACGCUCGAUGAAUUGGGUACCUUAUUAGUCAGGAUGUAUGACAGCUGUGAUCCUCACGUUUUCUACCACCGAAUACGACCUUUUCUGGCGGGGAGUAAGAAUAUGAAAGAAGCCGGUCUACCACAUGGUGUCUUCUACGAUGAUGGAAGUACCCGUUCGACAUGGCGUCAAUAUGGUGGCGGCUCCAAUGCUCAGAGUAGUAUGAUCCAAUUCUUCGACAUUGCCCUAGGCGUCGAGCACAGACCAACAGGUAGCAAGAAAGACGAGACGUCCGAAUCUGAGCCUGAACCAGGAGCUGCACCAAAGCCUCGGCACAAUUUUAUCCACGAGAUGAGACAGUAUAUGCCGGGGCCGCAUCGAAGGUUUCUGCAUGCCGUCGAAGGAGUCGCCAAUAUUCGAGAUUUUGUGGAAUACAACCAGUCAGAUCGAAAUUUAUGCGUUGCUUAUGAUGCAUGUUUAGCGAUGCUUAGAACUCUGAGAGACAAGCAUAUUCAGAUGGUCUCCAGAUAUAUCAUUGUGAAGAGUAGGGAGUCUCGGAGUUUGAGCAGAACUCGCCGGGAGAGCAGCCCUAACCCGGUGCCAACGAGGGGAACGGGAAUCGCUUCUAUUCGUUAUCAACGAGGGGAAGAAGGUGAAAAAACCUCAAAGAAGAAAAUGCGUGGGACUGGUGGAACAGCGCUCAUCCCCUUCUUGAAACAAGCUAGGGAUGAGACCGGAGAGCCCGCCAUUGACGCGUGGGCCCGGAAACUGCUCAUGGGUGGCCGCCGUACAGAAGCCGAUGCUGAGAUUGCGGUUGAAAGUAGAAUCACUGCUUCGGAGCUGGAUGCUGAUGAGCCUCAGAUUGUUGGUCUGGCGGGUGCAUGGAAUAUGGAAGAUGCCGGCGGCGGACUUUGUGCUUACUGA